AUGGCAGCAAAGUACUCUCGCCGACCCAGCUACCUUGACGGCCCACUGUCUCCUUCCAUCAUCCCCGAGCUCGCCAUUCUACCCCAGCCUCUCCCUGCCGACAAGGUUCCCUGCGGCCAGCUCGUCUCGAGAACGUCAAAGUACACGUCCAAAGCCCUCGAAGACCGCGACUACGACGACAUUGGCACACGAUGGUACAAAGACGUCAUCUUCUUCAACGCCGAGAACGGAAACUUCGUCGAGAGCUUCGGCGGCACGCACCUACUACAGAAGCCGCUCGACAAGGGCACAGAGGCUGGCACAAUCGAGGCGGACGAGCAGAGUGUGAGACUACUCAAGGAUGCCGAUGCCGCACUCCAGAAAGUCUGGCAAGAUGAGGAGGCCAGGAAGUGGAUCAAGGAACAAGACGAGGCCGGCUUCGUCGUCGCCCAUCGCCAGGUCUCCAACGCGAGCUACAAACGCGCCAGGCUUGUCGACAUUGGCAACAAUAAUUGGGAAGUCGUGCGCGAGGUUGGCAAUGAAGAUGCUGCUGGUAAGCGCAGGGACUCUGGUUUGCCUGUUGAGACGAACAGCAAAUGGGACGUGGUAGGAGUUGUGGUCAAGAAGAUUGUCGUUGAGGGCGAUGAUGUGAAGCUCGGUGAUGAGCUUGGAGCUCAGUACUGGCAGUAG